AUGUUAAUAUUGAUCUUGCUAUUUUAGUUGACAUUAUCAUAGCAAUAUGAUUAAGAAAUAUUAGAAUUGGAAAUGGAGAAACAAUACGAAUUUUAUGGGUAUUGAUGUCUUAAAAAUUGAAUUUUAGUAAAGUUCCAGGUGCAUCAACAUCAGUUCUUUACCCAGUUCAUUUUUAUAAGUUUCAUGUGGAAAACGUAAUACCUAAUGAGGAUAUAUGUGUUGUACUUAGGGCUCUACAUGAUCAAAGCUCAUACCCUUCACUUUACAUAAGUAAGGUGAAUCAAUAGUAUUUGUGAUUGUUUAAUUAGUCCAACAAUAUAUGAUGAGUUAUGUGGGAAUAAGGGGAUGGAUGUAUGUAUUAUAGAAGAAGAGAAUUUGAUAGCUAAUACAACUUAUUAUUUAGGAGUAUAUUGUUUAUAGGAUUGUGAUUAUGAAUUAACAAUUCAUUAUGAAGAGGAAGAAGUCUUAUAAUUAGGAGAAGCAGUGAUAGUGAAAUUUGAUAAUGAAACAGAAAGUAUAUUGAAAAUUGGUUUGCCAAGUUCAAUGGAUGAAAUUGAUAGAAUUCUAAUUAGAGCUCAUUAUAUAGAGGAUAGGAAUACAAUACUGAAUGAGUCUUUUCAUUUUUAUAUCAAUGAAGGUAAUGAGACACCAUCUCCUAUUUUAUUUGAUUAUGAGGCAGAGGGGAUUUGGAGGAUAGGAAAAGGAAUAGUAAUAUAUAAAAAUAGUACAAAUUUGAAAGGGAAUUUGACAGUGUUGAUGUUAGGUGUACCCAAUACUAGAUUAUAUUUUAUAUCAACAGUUUAUAUAGGGAUUAGAGAGAUUGGUUUAUUUGAAAGAAUAGAUGAUUUAGUAAUAGAAAGGAAAACAAAUUAUUACAAAUUAACAAUUUAGUAAGAAUAUUUGGAAUAUUUGGAUGGAAAUUCAUUAUCUUUUGAUAUUCAUCCAUUUGAAGGUAAUCCUGAUGUUUAUAUAUCACCAUGUUAUAAAGGUGAAUGUACAUUGGAUUAUAAAUAGUAUCCAUGGUAAUCACAAUUAGAUUUAGGUUAUGAAUCAAUAACAAUAUCUAGAAAUAAUAGACUUAUUAAUGGAAAUGGGAGUGAAUUUAUAAUAGCUAUAAAUGGAGUUGAUGAAUUUUCUAGUUAUUCAUUUUUAGCUUAUUUGAGUAAUUAUUAUAGUAGAAUAUUAUCAAUAUAUUCAUUUGAAUCUGGAUUUUUGGUAAAGAAUGAAUUAGCAGAAUAUAAUAUUGGAAUAUUUAAUGAACUCAAUUAAACAUUUACAAUAACUGCUAAAUAUCCUACAGGACAUGGUAUGAUCAUAUUCAAGAAAUGUAUAAAGAACAAUACUGAAUUAAGUAUGGUGACAAAUUCUUAUGCAUAUAUUAUAAAUGCAGGACCUGAUAAUUUUUAUAAUUGUUCAAUAACUAAAGAAUAAAUAGAAAAAAUUUAAAUAGGUUAAAUACUAAAAUCAGGUAGUUCAGAAUUAUAUUCAGCUGAAAAUACAUUAUAAUUUUAUUAUAAUAAAACUGAUUGUGAGAAUAAUGUUACAAUGCUUAAUUAUGAGAAUAUAUAGACAAAUUGUUAAUAUGUAGUUGGAGUUUACAGUAAUGUUGAAUAUAUGAAUUAUCAAAUAUUUAUUAAAGGAUAAGAAUAACAUGUUGAAUUAACAGAAUCAACAACUCAUCGUAGUUUUCUAAUGGAAUAUAAUACAGAUUUAUAUUCAUUUACAAUUAAUGAUGAACAAGAAUUAAUUGAAGUAGUAUUCUAAAUAACAGCUAUUACUGGUGAAUAUGAUGCUUAUGCUUCAAGAUUGUAUGAUAAACCAAAUUCUACUUUCUAUGAUAGAUAUGCCAAUAUGGAAUUGGAUGUCUUAUAAUAUAAGAUAGAAAAUGAAACACAAAAUUUAUCUGGAUAAUAUUAUAUUCGAAUAAUGGCCAAGUCAUUACUUAGAUAUUCCAUUACUCCUAUUGUAUAUAGAAAAUCACAUGAAGAUAUCAAUUACAUUCAUCUCACUGAAAGUAUAUCAUAUACUCAUUUACAAACUAAAAUAGAUUAAGCUACUUACUUUAAUUUUGAAUACAGAUAGAAAGGUCCUUUGUAUAUUCAUUUAAAUGGAAUCUAUGGUUAUUUCAUAUGUUAUAUUAUUGGUUCAAAUGGAAUUAUAGGUGAUACAUAUCCAAAUAAUAGUAGAUAUGAUUUUGCAUUUAGAAGUUCAUAACAUACUUUCAUCAUUGAAAAUCCUUAACAGUAUUAUUAUAUUCAAGUCAACUCAAUAUCUUUAGGUCUUAAUGAAUCCUAUGAAAUUCAAUACACUUCCUCUAGUUCCCUAAUGGAAUUAUUUUAUGGAGAACCUCUUAUUACAUAAUUGGACAAUUAACAUUAAUCUUAUUAUUAUUAUUAAUCUCCAUAUGCAUUAGAAAAGUUAUUUAUUAUUAAAACAUAAAUUACUGAAAUCAAUGAAGAUAACAAUCUCUAAAUUUACAUUAGCUUGAAUAAUAAAUUCCCAAAUCAUUAAAAUUAUGAUUAUACUAUAUAUUAUUCUUCUACAUACUUGACUUUAUUAAAUAUCACUGAAAAUACUAUUGUGUAUAUUGGUGUAUAUAGUAUUGGAUACAAUGAAUAUUCAUUAUUAAUUCGAGGAGUAUCUGGUAUAAUAGAAUUAUUAGAUAAUACUGUUUAAUAAGUACCCAUUCCUUCAUUUGAAUAAUAUCAAUCAUCUAAUUUGUAUUUCCUAGUUCCUAAGAAUAUCAAUAACACUAUUUAAAUAUAAGCAUAUACUCAAUUUUCUGAAAUUAUUUUAUUUUGUACAAUCCAAGAUUAUGCAAUUGUUUCAAAAGAUUUAAGAAAUAAUAAUCAUUUAAUAUUCCCAAACUCAUCUAGUUAUGAUAUCAAAGAGGAGGCUAAUACAAGUAUUUCCAAUAAAUUAUUAAUAAUAAAUAGAGAAUAAUUAGAAAUAUGUUAGAAUUAUUUAUAAGGUUGUGUAUUAUUGAUAAAUGUUAAAUUAGAUUUAUAAUCAUUAUUUUCAUACAUCUAAGAUAAGUCAUAUAAUAAUAUCUCAACAGUAAAUGGUGAGGAUGGAUAUUUUAAUAUAAUGAUAUCUACUUAAUAUACAAUAAUAAAAAAUGGAGAAAUGUUAAUAGGACAUUCUGGAGAGAAUAUUAUGUCUUAUUAUUAUUUCUAUGUUGACAAACCUGUAGAAUUUAUUCAAAUAGCAGUUAGACCUAUAGAUAAUUGUGAUCCAGAUAUCUAUGUGAAUAAAUUAAUUAAUAACACUAUAUCAUAUCCAACUGAAGAUACUAAUACAUAUAAAUCUAUGUCUUAUAAAUCAGAUAUUCUAAUUAUAAAAGAAUCUGAUAAUAUUGGAUCAUAUAUGAUUGGAAUUCCUGGAUUUAAAAAGAAAUGUACAUAUGAAUUACUUUUAAAUUUUGCAGAUAUUGAAUUGUAUUAUAUAUCUAAUGGACAAUUUGUAACUCAUCAAAUAAAUCAAACUGUUUAUUAUUUCUAUUAACAUAUCUAAAAUUAAUCCUUCCGUAUUAUGAUUCAAGGAAUUAAUAACAUUGAUGUGGCCAUCAAUACAUAUUCUUCAUAUAGUGAUGAUAAUGAUGGUCUUUAUGAACUUCUACCUUAUUAUGGAACAGAUGAUAUUUAAAUACUUUAAGAACACAAUGAUAAUCUUUUUGGUGGAAUCAUUUAGAUUAAUUAAUAAAAUAAAUACUUUUGUUAUUAUUGCACUUAUAUAAUUGCCUUAAAACCUUUAAAGAAUACUGAAAUCUAAUUAUUAAUAGCAUAUAAUUCUAAGGCUUUAGAUAUUGAGUAUGGAAGGAUAUACUAUGAUUAAUGUAUUGAGAGUUGUAAAUAUUAAGUAAAAUCUGGAGAUUUAAAUAUCUAUGUUUAUUCUUAAAAUAUUGAAUUGUAAUUUUAUGAUUAAGAUACCUUAAUAUAAAGUAUGAAUCUUAGUAAUUCUCAGCACAUAAUACCUAUUAAUGGAUCAUAUACACUUAAAAUUGUAAAUACUAAUUUAAUUGCUUCAUAUUGGUUGAGUUUGUAGAGUGAAUAGAAUUUAAUUAAUUUGCAUUUAGGGAAAUCCUACAAAGGUAAUAAUACAAUUGAAUAGAAUAUUAAUUAAUUUACAUUUACUCCCAUUACAACAGAUUAAUGGUACACUUUAAUUGUGAAUUCUAAUUCUUAAAUAAGAGUGGAACUCUUUUAUUUAUCAAAGAAUAUUACAGAAUUUAUAUUAAUUAAUCCAAUAUAAGAAUGGAGUAUUAGAGAAUCAUAAUUAGAAUUGUAAUAUUAAUUACCUAGUGUUGAUUACUAUUAUCAAAUUAACUUAUAUUGUUAGAGUCAAUAUAGUAUUACAUUAAAUUUGGAAGGAUUGAAAUAUAUAGAUUCAAAUUAACAUUAUAUUGAAUAAAUAAAAUCAACUUAAAUUUACAACAUUUAUGGUAUAAAGGGAUAAGAAUUAUUAAUUGAAAAGAUUGAUUGUUUAGGAUAAACUGAAAGUAAUAUUAGUUCUUAUCAAUUUAAAAAUUCUAGUGAUAUCUAUUUUAAUGUAACUCCAACUUUAUUUGCAAGUUAUACAAAGAAUGGAUUAUCUAUAAAGAAGAAUAUUUAUAGUUUGAUACCACAUCUUUAAUAUUCACAUGAUAUUUGGUAUUUUAAUAAAACUAUGACUUAUUAAAUUAAGUAAGAAGAUCAAACAUUGAAAAUUACUGUAGAUACUAUGAAAAGAAAUAAAACUGGUAUUUUAGAUCUCAGAAUGCUUAUGUAAGUAUCUAAUUGUAUUUGUAGUUAUCAAUUACAUUAUUCAAAUUAAGAACAAUUUUUGAAUGCCUUUGGAUGUCAAAUGGAUAUUGAAUCUCUAAAAUAUUAUACAAAUAGUCAAUUGUAUCAUAUUAAAUAAAUGUAAACAAUAAAAGAAGAGAAUGAUAUAGUUUAAUUUGAAAGUAUCAUAUUAAAUAUUAAUAAAUUUAGUACCAAUACCUUAAGAUGAGAAAAUACUAUAUGGUUUAAUUGUGUUCUAAGCAUUCUAUUAGGGAUAUGAUACACCAUAUACAUAUUUUUAUAAAAGUAAUUUGAUAUAUAAUGAAACUUAAAAUAUGUUUAAUGUUAAUAGUAAGGAUUAGAAAUAAAAUAUAAAUAGGGAUUACAUUAUUAUAAUGGUUAUAGUGACAUGUUUAAUUAUGUUGAUGUUAUUUUUAGGAAUAAGAAAAAUAAUAUAGAGAAGAAAGUAUGUCUAAUAAACAAAAUUAGAAAAGAUAAAGGAUGUAAAAGUAGAUGAAGAAUGGGAAUAAGUUAAAGGAGUAUGA